AUGAAACUCAGUAAAGCCGAAGUGCGACAACGAAAAAGGGAAAAGGCCGAGCGAAAGCGAAAAAUGGCUAUUGCGGAGAAACAGCGAGAAUGGACACUGGAAAGUGAUCCAACUGAAUUCUAUUCGGUCGAGGGAGAGCACAAUUUGCAGAUCAAGAACUUCAUGGGGAUGUUCUUUCUUGAAGAAUCGGAAUAUUUACACGUGACGUGUGGGGACGGAGAAGAAGAAUACGUCGACAUCAAUGUCGGAGAUAUCAUUCAAGAUGAUGCAAAAGGGCGUUUCAGAUUCAAGAUUAUGAAGAAAAUGUUCAAAAAUACUCAUCUUUGGGGCGCAUUUGGACUCGACUCGCAGUUUUCCUUCAAAGAAGGAAGUACUUCUAACAUAGCCACGGGUUUCUUAUCUGAUAGUACCAACACUUUUUUCAUGAAAAAACUCGUCUUGAAAGAUUUAAAAUUCUCGCCUCAUAUUGUCAGCAUUUACCUAGCCGCCAUUCAUCGACUGCCAGUUCGACUUACGUGGGUUGAUACUUGCGCGCUCUUAGAAAUUUGCGACUUUUGCGCAUCAACAGCAGUUUGGUACGACUAUGUUAAACCUGCUCUGCUUCGUUUAACUCAUCAAAAUUUCACAAGAAUCAUGGACAUGUUAUUCCUCUAUCAAACUUACCGAACGCGAGAGGUUGAUGACGAUAAAAUCCCGAUCAAUUCGAGAAACAUUUACGAUCGGACCUUUUAUCAUAUUUUGCAAAGUUCAAAUUUUAAGUCGAUUUUCAAGUUGAACAACCAAGAUUAUCAGGGAACCCUGGAGCAGCAUUACCGCCUUGUCCCGCGAAAAGAUCACCUUGCGGCCGCUUGUGCGAAUAGCAGCAAAUGUUUCUACUACAGGACAAACUGGGACGUUCGUAUUCUCAUGGUCCGGAUGUGGACUGAAAACAGGAACGCGCGAAGCGAUCAAGACAUCCAAUCGGAUUAUAUGGAGGUUUUCAGCAAGUUCAACGCACCUGCCGCGCUAAACCAGCUGCUCUCGCCUUCUAUUAUGCGACAGGUUCUGACCAAGGGCAUGUUGGUACAGCCGAACGAGAAGUAUUGGGCUUUUGAUAUCAAAAGUUUUCCGCGGAGAAUUAAGGAAUAUAACAUCAAACCUUAUGGAUCAGAACUUAUAGAAGAUGAUGGAAAAAAGGUGUCAGAAAAAGAUAUCAAAGGCUACUUUAGCUAUGAAGAGUACCGGCCUGAAUCAGGCACUGACCCGGAGAGUGGCGAGUGGGGUGAUACCGAAAAUGCUGAGGACACGAAAAAAUCGAGGGAGAGAGCAACACAUGAAAGAAAAGUCAAAAGGAGACUGGGUGACAAGCGAAAUGAGCUGAAACAAGCAAUCGAGGAUCAUAAAAACGGUGUUGGAGGACGAAAUGUGCCGCUGAAUGAUUCGGGAGGCAGCAAUUAUGCUUGGGGAUUGAGAAUCAAGACUGAAUCCCGCCCGCUAGAUACGGUGCGACGGCCUUUAGUUGGAAAACUUCUCAAGGUCAACAGGAAGGAUAAGUACGUUGUUGUGCAGUGGAUAACCCCAGGAUGCGAGCUCUUAUCGGAUGUGGACUAUGCUGGCCCUGGAAUUCUUUACAACAGAAACGACAACUUCGACAGCAGAAUCGACUGGGGCCCGAAUUCAAAUAAAAUCGUAAAGUAUUUGAUAAAGAAGGAUGCCUUCCACAUCGAGCUUGCUGAAGAUAUCUUUCCAUAUGUCGACAUAUACAAGACUUACUUCAAAGACUUGAAUGCCUCCUGA